AUGCCUGCUACAAAAACGGGAUUCAAUCGGGUGUUGGACGACUUGGCUCGACGCCAACUGCAUUUGGACUUUGAAUUUGGUACCGCUGCCGAGAAGUACGAACCAGUUCGUAGUAUCGGAGCUGGAGCAUUCGGAAUUGUUUGUGAAGCCGAGGAAACGACCAGUGAUGGCAAUGUCACCAAGAAAUCAAAAAUCUGCUUUGUUCGUUUCUUCCUCAAUUUCCUCUCUUCAUAUGCGGAACCAUGUAGCGAAUAUUCAAGAGGCGAAGGUGAAAAUAUCCGCACAUUGUUUUUUGCCCUAUGA